AAGAUCAAAGAUAUCAGAGGUCAAGAAAAGGAUGAAAAAGACCAGAAAAUGGUGUCACAUCUGCCACGAUUUGAUGAUCUUUUUUAAGACUCCAUUUACUAUUUACUUUGAAUGAAUCCUAUCCUUCUAGCUCAUAGGACGUUCACUUAUCACGGAAAUCUAAUUGGUAAAGCACGCAUGACGUGCUUGUAAAAUAGCAAAUCACUCACUGUGAUCACGUUAUGAUUUCCUGUCCUGCGUCACGCGGCUAAUUAGGUCUCAAUCACGCAUCACGCUGCUAAUUUUGGAAAACUGGUCGCUGAGGAGAGGUGGUCGCUUAUGAGAGGUGGUCGAAGCCGGAGAUUCGACUGUAUCCGGAUGCGUGUGGACGGGAUCUCACAUCAGAGCGACUCAUUUCUAUACAUAUACCCCUUCCGGGCGCGACGGAGUACAGCUCUGUACAACUCUGGCCUUCACCAAGAUUGAAAACGAUAUCUGCAAGUGGCGCGCUUUUUAUCAUUUGUGCAUCGGAAGAAACUAAGCUGUCAUAUUGAAAUAUUAAAACAAUAAACAGCACCGCGAGCCCUGCCAAUGUAGUACAAGCUAGUACUUGGAGAAGUUAUUCUAGAAAAUGCCGUGACGAAAGAUUUCGUGACCAAUAUACUGACGAAUCAGCUCACAGUUUUUGACACACCCCUCAUCACGCCCUUCGGCUUAACAAUACCGCUUGCGAUGGCCUGAAUAUUAAUAAUGUAUGAACGCUUUAGGACAAUCUGUGCUGUUGUUUAUAUUCAAGUAGAUAGUUUAAAUUAUUGUAGCGUAAUUUGGGUUGGCAGUUCGAGAAGCGGUGACUUGGAAAACCAAUGAAGCGAUCAUUUUGGAAUGGUUCGGAAUCAACACUAUUAGUAACAAACACAUCUUAACAGGCGCUUGAAAUCUUCAAGAAAGGAAGCCAUCCUCAUUAAAACUUUGCCAUAAUAUAUGGAGACCUUAUCCCAGAAGAGGAUGAAAAUAGCCCCAACAAAACCCAGAGUUUUUUCUCUGGACGAAGUCUCAUAUCAUGCCGACAUAUCUUCAUGCUGGAUCGUGAUCAAGGACAAAGUGUACGAUUUAACCAACUUUUUGGAUGAGAUGGAGACCUUAUCCCAGAAGAGGAUGAAAAUAAUCCCAACAAAACCCAGGGUUUAUUCUCUAGACGAAGUCUCAUAUCAUGCCGACAUAUCUUCAUGUUGGAUCGUGAUCAAGGACAAAGUGUACGAUUUAACCAACUUUUUGGAUGAGCAUCCUGGAGGAAGCGAAAUCAUGCUGGAACACGCAGGUAUGGAUGCCACCACCGUGUUUCAAGAUAUCGGCCACUCGGCUGAAGCUCAGAAGAUUCUCUCAAAAUAUUACAUUGGCGAGCUGCGAGAGAACGACAAAAUCUACAACACCAAGCCCAGACUUUGAGAUCAAAGGAAAAGGAUGCAAAAUAAUCUUAUGUCAAGCAAACUGGCAGCCAAUCAUAGCCAAGAAAGCAACUACUCCUACAACUUUGACUGGAUCACGAUACAUCAAGCUCUUCUUCGGUUGAAGUUUUCGAGCUUUCCCCUUGGCGAGAACAGCAUAUCAAGUACAGGCUUAUCAAGGAAUUUAGUUUUGACGUUUGCUUGAGAAA